CGCCAGGAGCUGGGCCAGAAGAUGGCGGCGGCCGCGGAGCUGAAGCUGCUGGAGAAGUCUCUGGGACUGAGGCCGGGGAAUAAGUACAGCGCUCAGGGAGAGCGACAGGUUCCAGUUCGGCAAACAAACAAUGGUCCCAGUCUAAUGGGAUUGGCUACCAUCGCGACCCAUCUAGUCAAGCUAGCCAAUAAAGAACACUUGCUGGGGAGCACCCCAGAAGAGAAGGAAAUCAUUCAGCAGUGGUUAGAGUACAGGGUCACCUGAGUGGAUGGACACUCCAGCAAAGAAGACACCCACACUCUGCUGAAGAAUCUUAAUUCCUACCUUGAAGACAAAGUCUACCUUGCAGUUUAUAACUUUGCGGUUUAUAACUUUACCUUGGCAGAUAUCCUUCUGUACUACGGGCUCCAUUGUUUUAUUGUUAACCUGACAGUUCAGGAAGAAGAGAGCUAUCUGAAUGUGUCCUGCUGGUUCUGUCACAUUCAGCACUACCCCGACAUCAGGCAGCACCUGUCCAGUGUUGUCUUCAUCAAGAACAGACUGUAUGCUAACUCCCACUAG